CAUUUAUUGUGAGAUCAAUACCGGGCUAUUAACACGGUGUAACUGUAAAACAAUCGUACAAGUAUAACAGACAUAACACCAGACACAAAUGUAUAUACAAUACCGUGGUCUAUUUAUAAAUUCCUAUAGGUGAAUAUUGAUUUUACGUAAACCGUUGGUGUUCGACACCAUGAACUGACUAGAAAACCACUAGGCCUAGUGAAGAACGAAGCAUGUAGAUUAGGGGUAUAUCACUCGGGUAUAUGUACAGUACCGGUAAAUUCACAGCUUGGCAUUUAGCCAGUUAAUGGUACAGUCGUGUAGAUAGAUGUGUGUGCAACUAUAAACAUGAUACGUGGAAUAGUAGAGGAUUACAUCAACAGAUCGACGUUGUUACGGUACCAAAUCACUGUGACUUGUAUGGAAUGUGUUCACCCGGCGUGUAAUGUGGAUAUACCUGUAACUAAGAUGAUGUUUGGACCAGAGGAGAAAUCUGUACCUGGAACACCAAGCUUUAACUGAAACCAUUUAACAAUGGGCCCCAAACUACAGCUUCUAGAUCCUCAUAAAAAGUUUAUCACCAAGUCCAAGGGGGAGGAUUCCGAGGAGGAAGAGAAUGAUGUCAUCACAAACUUACCUGUCAUCGAAGCUGUUGCAUCUGCAGUUCGAUGGCGUAAGAAAACAGAUGUCAAGAAAAGGGGCACAGUACGGACACGAAGAUUUGAGCGCAGAUAUACAGAGUUGGGACCUUUGUUAAUCCCAGAACAAAAACGUGUAGAUUAUGUGUUGGUUCAUGACAACAAAUCGUCAAAAGAUACCAAAGAUCCAGACAAGAAAAAAUCCUUGGAAGACAAGGAAUAUAAACGUGACUGUUUUGAGAAAGAAAUGAUUGAACAAGGUUUCUUCAUUCAGAAAGAUGAUUUUGGAGAUCAUGUGUUUGUGAAACUACACUGUCCAUUUAAAAGGUUGUGUAUGGAAGCAGAAGCUGUUAAACUGGAGAUGCGACUCAAAGAUUGUCCUAACUAUGAACCGGAACCUACCAACUUUGUUAGGCGAUUCAUGGAGAAGUACCUGGAGACUGAUGAUGAAGUUGACUUUAUUAGUGCCCCUUUCCUGAUGGAUAGAAUCCAGCUGUACCAAGACUUUGAAGACCCGACCCAUUUCUUCAGACCUGCCACACGUUCACUUCUGGUGGAUCACAUCCUCAUCAACCUUGACAUAAAGAAACAGACUGAGAAUAAACCCAGCAAAGAAGUCAUACAGCCUGUAGAUCACAAAGAUGUAGACAAAGAUCCAGAAAAUGCCAAAAGAUCCUCCUCACUGUGUGCCUGUUGUGGAAGCUCUGAUCAAUCUACCGAUUCCACAAGCCAACAAUCAUCUUCCUUUUGGAAUUGUUUCUCUUGUUGUAACUCUGAAAGUGAAGCCUUAGACCCAAUAAGAGGUGAAAAACAGAUGCAAAAGUGGGACAAUAUGGAGCUGAAACAGAGCGAGUAUGGUCGAAGGUUUGGUCUACCAUACUUGAUGAUGAAGGAUGUUUACACGGACGCCUUCAUUCUCCAUGAGGAAUCAGAACGCAGCAAACAGCGAGAAGAGUUAAAAAAAGAGUUCUUCAAAGAGGAAGAUGAGAUGGAAUUGGACAGUGACCCUAGGAAAGAUCUAGAUGACACUUGGACUAAAUACUAUAAGUUUCAGCCAUUAUGGAAAAUACGCAAUUAUUUUGGAGAGAAAAUUGCUCUGUAUUUUGCUUGGUCUGGUUUACUGGUUACCAGUCUGUGGAUUCCUACACUGUUUGGAUUUGCGAUAUUUCUUUUUGGAUUAAUUACCAGUUCUAUCAGUCCAACUACAACACUGGAGAGACCUGCCAAUGCCACAGUUGUAGAGUUAAUAAAGAUAGAGAUGGAGGAAUUGCUUGAGGUUGUCAAACUUGCCUUUGACAAUGAUGUGACACCUUUCUUUGCUUUAUUGGUUUGUUUGUGGGGUACAGUGUUCCUGGAGAUGUGGAAACGUAAGAGUGCCACACUGGCCUAUGAAUGGGAUGUAGACAAUUACGACAGUAAUGAGCCAGAUCGUCCACAGUUUUUUGGGACAAAGGUCAAAAAAGAUCCAGUAACAUCAGAGGAGAAUUGGUUUUAUCCUGUGAGGAAGCAGGUCCUUAAAUACAUCUUUUCGGCUUCAACCCUACUAUUUAUGGUGAGCUUGGUUCUGGCCAGUUUAGUGGGUGUGAUCGUGUACAGAGUUAUAAUUGCGGUGGACCUGUGUCCGGGUAUGUCUGCUUUGGAAUGUCUUAUCACCACCAACAUCGUAUCUGCGAUUCUCAACGCUGCGUCCAUUAUACUUCUCGGCAAAGUAUAUGACAAAGUGGCCAUCAAAUUAACAGACUGGGAGAACUACAGAACACAGAGUGGAUAUGAUGAUGCUCUCGUCAUUAAGUUAUUUGCCUUCCAGUUUGCCAACAAUUACGCUUCUUGUGUGUACAUAGCUUUUUUCCGUGGGAACUUUGACCUGUUUGGUGUUUUUGGACUUGGAGAGGAUUACCGCGAUGACUGUUCUGGAACCUGCAUGUCCCAACUCUCCUUCCAAGUCCUGACACUUAUGUUGGUGAAACCAUUCCCAAAAAUGUUCAAGGACAUUGUCCUGCCGUUGCUGUUGAAGCUGUGGAGAAUGCGUCCUGCCUGGUGUUGUAGAUGUGCCUGCUGUCCCUGCUUGAACAAUAAAAUUGGAGAAAAAUCUCCAGAAGAUAUCGUUGAGGCUGAUCGCCAAAUCACCAACUCGUAUAUUGAGAUGGAGUACUUAAAACCCACACUAGGGGAUUUCACACUCGGGGAAUACACUGAGAAGAUCAUACAGUAUGGAUUUCUUAUGUUGUUUGCAGCCUCUUUUCCUCUGGCUCCUCUCCUGGCCUUGGUGACAUUGCUGGUGGAUAUCAGAGUGGACGCAAAGAGGAUGUUGUGGCUAAACCGUCGACCUAUAGCCUAUAUACGCAAGGACAUUGGUCGCUGGUACAGUAUCCUGGACUUUGUUAACAGCUGUGGUGUCAUAUCCAAUGGUUUCCUCAUUGCCUUCACCUCCAACUGGGGACAGCAGUUUGAGUUCUCCUCUAAACUCUGGAUCGUCAUCAUAUUUGAGCACAUGGUGUUUGGAUUGAAGUUCCUGCUGGCUUACCUUAUAGCUGAUGUUCCUAGGCCCAUUCGCCUUGCCAUGCGAAGGGAAAAAUUCCAAGUUGCAAGAAUUUUAAACAGUGUAGCAGGCGAUGCACCAACAGAUUACUCUACACUCGUCCUGAAGGAGAAAAAACGAAGAAAAACACGAUCAUCAAAUUAUGAAUUAUUUGAUGAGAAUGGAGUACCAGUUGUCAAAGAAGAUAAUAAAACACAUAAAAACAAACAUUCUCGUAAAGAGGAGGAAACACCGGUACAGAUGAAACCUCCGGCAGGCAAGGUGUCAAGUGAGAAGGGAGACAACUCUGUAAAACCAUUUAUACAGGAGGGAACUGACAGUGAUAAGCAGGCUCCCCUUGUUAGUCCAAGUGGAGACCGAGGCAGUGUGAUUCCAAUUGAUAUAGAUACUUACAUCAGGACAUAUGGUAUAAAAGAAGAGCUAUGGUACUGUGAUGACAAGGACAAAAACAACAGCCAUGGUAAAGUGAGUCUAUCUGGAGUUGAUGUUGAAUCUCCCCCUAAAAAAGGCAAUACCACGAAGGGUAAACCCAACAAAGGUAAAAAAGAUGAAGAUGGAUGGCUGACCAGCAGUUCAUCAGAUAGUGAUCUAGAUGAGUAGUUGAAUACUUUAGUUCUGUACCCCCAGUAGUAGCCAUCUUAUCCUUAACAGGGAAGAUACAUGUACAUGUAAUUAGGGCUAUUAAUUUUUGUAUUUUUGCAAUUAAAUGUUGCUGAGUUGAUAUUAAUUUGAAAGUGAAAUUAUUUGUACAGUACAUUAUAUAUUAUUUAUGAGUUUUAAUGUCUUGAUUUUACUGAAUGUCUUCAUUGAUAUACAAAUGUGUAUGAGAUAUAACUUCCUGUACAAAUCGGAAUACAUAUGUACCAUAUUUUUCUCUUCUUUUGUAAAAUCUUGUAUUUUAUUUUGACAACAUUCUUAUGUGCCUUUCCAAUAUCAAUGUAUUGUUAUAUAAAUAUGAAUAUCAAUACCUCUAUAAAUACUUGUUAUUUUACUGUGAUAUUUUACAUUACAUAUCAAUUAAAUCACAUUAAACUAAGAUUGAUAGUGAUCGAGCAGUUAUUGAUAUUUAAUGAACAGGUUGAAAAUUUUAUGUUUUUUUCUGAGUGUAAUACAGAAAUGAUGGGUAUUAUAUUUUAGCUACAUUAAAACAAUAUUUAAUUUUAUUUAUGUGAUAAUGAUCUGAAAAAUGCUUCAAUAGUAAAUAUAUAUGCAUGUAUAUAUAAGCUUAUAUCUUUUGGUUGAGAUUAUGAAGAGGUGUCUUGAUGAGCUGUGUUAUAUUGUUUACAUAUCAGUUUAUAUAAAAUUUUCAUGUAGUGGUGAGAUAAUGGCAAGCUUUGUAGUGACCUCAACCAUUCUUAACUUUGUCAGAUGUUUUCGUUUUGUAUAUUUAAAGCAUUAAUCUACCAAAUUAGAUGAUAUGUUUGUGCUUGUAUUUAUUUCGUGUAAAUCUACAUCAAUGAAAAUCUUCAUGCCACCUUGAUUCAGUAUACAUGUACAUGUAUAUAGAUUAUAGAUUAUAGAUUUAUGUUAUAGAUUAGCAGUUUAGAUCCACCCAUAAAAUUGCUAUAUUGCAAAAUUUCUCGAUUGACAGUAUAUUGACAACCAGAUAUAUUUUGUACCAAAUUCCUUUUCUGUUGUUAAUUGAAAGCCUCAGUUGCUAGCUUGACUAUUGUUGUUUUAUGUGUAUUGACAUAUAUACCAUGUGUGUGACUACUUUAUUUUCUUCACCAUCUGUUAUAUGACAGUAGUUAAUUUCAUUUACCCUAUAAACUAGUCUGAUUUUGAAAUUCACAAAUUGAUUGUAUUGUAUAAUGAAAUUACAAUAAAAUAUCAGAAUUAUUUUUUUGAUAUUUUUACACAAUAUUUUUACUAAAGUUGUUUUUAUACAUGAUCCAUUGGCAUAUCUUCUUUAUCAAUAUAUCUACAUGUAUAUAUAUAAUUGAAAUCUUUGUGAAUUCCUUUCAUCAAAGGAUUAACUUUAAUUUUCCUAUUAUCACAGGCAUUACAACAUGAUCUGAAUAGUAUCACUAUUUGUAUUUAUGUACUAAUUGUUAAGUUUUUAUAAAUGUUGUUAGUCAAGAUCAAUUUAGACUAAUUUUUACAUUGAUACUUUUGCAGAUUUAGUAUGAAUGGAAUGGUGUCUCCACCUGUGGUACCUUUUAUCUCCACAUGUGGUACCUUUUAUCUCCACCUGUGGUACCUUUUAUCUCCACAUCUUCACAUCUCCACAUGUGGUACUUUUAUAUCCACAUCUCCACAUGUGGUACUUUUAUAUCCACAUGUGGUACUUUCAUCUCCACAUCUCCACAUGUGGUACCUUUUAUCUCCACUAUGUGGUACCUUUUAUCUCCACAUGUGGUACCUUUUAUCUCCACACCUAUGGUACAAUUUUCUCCACAUGUGGUACAUUUAUCUCCAUGUGGUACAUUUAUUGCCACAUGUGGGACAUUUUGUGAAAUUUUUUCUAGCAAUGUCUCAAAAACAAAUGAAACCUUUUUCACAUGAUUAUGAUGUUUUCACCAGUUGGUGUGGACUUUUCAGUAGAAGUAUUUGGUUGCUGGGUUUAUUGCCCGAUUAAAAGUCAGGUCCAGUCAUAUUGAGGCAGUGUUUUCUUAUAGUAGCUGGUGGCUACCUCACUGACUAGCUUUGCAGAGCAAUCAAGAUGAAACAUUUUCCAAAAGGCUACAACCAUAACAGCACAGAAUGGCGUGUGGCCUCAGCUUCCUGAGAAUCACUUUCAGCCGAUCACUGUCUUUGGAUCUUUGUUGGGCUUGGAAAGAAAUGUCUCUACUAGUGGAGAGAAAAAUCUACCUUAGUAUUGUCUUAUAGCUGAAGGGAAUAUGUGUAUGGCAGGCAUAUCCCAUGGCACUUGUACUAGAACUGAACUUGUGUAGCAACAUGUUGAUAGACCAAAUAGAAACACAGAUUAAAAACUUAAUGAAAUAGUU